CGGAGACAGCCGUCCGGGCCCCUUCCAGACGUCGCUGCCUGGGGAAGGCAAAAGGUUCCGGAAGGGCUGGGCGUGGGCGGUGUGUCCAGAUCUUCACGCCUGGAAUUGCCACCGCUGCCUCCUUGGAGGAUGGGCUCAGAAGUCCCUGCUGGUGACAUCGCUGCUGCCCCUCCUGCCAGCGAACCUGCUGCUGGUGACCUGGCCUGUGACUCCGCCUCUGACCCUGUUGCCUGUGACCUUGCUGCUGGGAACCUCGCCACCCCCACCACUACCGGGGAUCCUGCUGACGGGGACCCCGCCACUGCCACUGCUGGCCGAGACCCGCUUUGGCUCCUGCAGGCGCUGCAGGCACGGUGGCCCACCAAGGAGCAGCAGCAGCUCCGGGAGGAAGCCUGGCGGGGCUUUGCUGCCCUCAACGACCCGCCCGCAGGACUCCUGGACAUGCUGGAGAGGGGCCAGGCUGGCCACUCACUGCAGGCCUGGGUGGCCUGUGAGCUGCAACGCUGGCUGCAGGCACAGCCGCUGUACCCUGGGCUGGCCCCGGGCAGUGCCCAGCUCAAGCAGCUGCAGGUCCGUGUGCUUGGGGUCCUCACUAGGAGCCCCCUCAGUCUCACAGAGCCGCUGGUCAGCAUCUUCCAGCUACAGAAUGCUGACCGGAGCCUUCUGCUGGACCACGUGGACCGGCUCUAUGACCAUGGAAAGUUUAAGGAGUCUGCCCUGCUCAGCAUGAAGCUCCAGCUGCAGCCGGAACUGGACUUGGAGAAGAUGGCCAUCCCGCUGCUGCUGCAAAACAAGACCAGCCUGGUGGAGCGCUACGUGGGUGGCUUCCCGGAGCUGCAGAGGCAACUGCUGGUGCUCCUGGACUCCUGGUGCCGACCCGGCUUCAGCAUCCACAAGGUUGCACGGAAGUUCCCGCAGGUGACGGCAACCAAGCUGGAGAUGCUGAGUCCCAAGCUGCUGAGCAGGCAGGUGAUGCGCCUACUGGAGCAGUCCGCCUUGGAAGGAGACCUGUGCCCCAACGCCAGCAAGCAGCAGCGCCUAGGCACCCUGAAAUACCUGUGCUACAAGCGCUUCGUGGAGAGAAGCCUGUCUCAGGAGAAUUGGGCUGACCUGGUGCAGGACCUGGUCGGGCAGAGCAAGUGGCUGCAGGACCAGCUGCUCCGACUGCUGACUGCCCACGGUGGCGUGGUCAGGACUGCCCAGGGCCUCCAGGACCUCUCCCUGCCUGAGGAGCGACUGCCGACAACCGUGGCUGAAGAGCUGAGCCGGCUUCGGCUGCAGGAGAGGAUGGGCCAGGCUGGCCGGAGCUCCGAGGAGCCAGAUAAAGACAGGAGCAGUUACUACCAGCUGCCACUCUCCUGGGAGCAUAUCCACUUUGUGGCCACAACUGAAGACCUGGCCAGGCUGGGACCCCGGCUCCUUCAGCCGGGGGGCGUGGUUGGCCUGGACCUGGAGUGGCGGCCGCUGUUCCGGAUGGCGGGCCAGCCCAGUGCUUCCCUGGCACAGCUGGCAGUGGAGGGCUGUGUGCUGCUGCUGGACCUACACGCACUCGCGAGGCCGCCCGGUGGGCACGGGGCGCAAGCCUUGUCUCAGUUCCUGGGCCAGCUCCUCUCAGACCCCUCCAUUACCAAGCUGGGUUAUGGGAUGACUGGGGACCUGCAGAGCCUGAGCACCUUCUGUACCGACCUCAUCAAUGCUGGGCAGCAGAUACAGGGCAGCCUGGACCUGCAGUCAGUGCAUGGGCAGGUGCGGCUAGCAGACCAGAGGACCUGGGCAGUGGAUGAGGCACGGGCUCCCCGCGGCCUGAGCCUGCUGGUGCAGCAGGUGCUGGGCAAGCCCCUAGACAAGGCACAGCAGCUGUCCAACUGGGACCGCCGGCCGCUGCGCAAGGAGCAGCUCCUGUACGCUGCCACAGACGCGUACUGCCUGCUGGAGGUGUACCAGGCCCUGUGCCGAGACCCCGCCCACUUUCACCUGGCCAAGAGCCUGGCCCCGAGCCGGGGGGCUGAGUGCAGCGUGAUAGCAGGGGCCCAGAGGGCGCCCGGCCGGCAGGAGGGCCCGGCCCCACCCCAGCAGCACCCUCAGCCAUCUCCCCUUAGAUAUUGUCUCUGUCUUUCUGAUCUCUCUUCAAAACGCCAAGUCAUCAUUCCCUCCCUCCUCUCCCCCACUCCCCACCCCCAGCUCCCCUCUGAUCCACCUACCGAGGCUUGGGUUUUUCUCCUCUUCACAGCUGGGCUCUGCCCGCCCCUGCCCGCUGCCCCUGCACUGUCUGCCGCACACACUCCAGCCUUGGGUGUCAGGCGUUCUGCCUCUUCUUUCCUUCACGUCUCCUCAGUCACCUUUAAAGACCUGUCCCUGACUCUUACUCUGCGGGUCCAGUUUGUUUCUCUGACUGUCCGACUGUUUGGGCACUGUGACUCCUGCCCAGUCUCAGCUGACACCCCAGGCAAAGCACCCUGGGAGGCCAAGGAAACUGGCGGGGCAAGGCGCGCGGGGAUGUGGGGCAGCCCUAUGUGCAGCUGCUGUGACUCUUUGGCCCCUGCACAGGUUGCCCGGCAGGAAGAGAGGGUGGUCCUGACGUCCGGGCUUCCAUACCACAAGCUCCGGGCCCAGGUUGGGACUGGCCGCUGCCUCCUGGUGGACUGCGCCCUCAAGGUGCGGGAGCAGGCUCUGGCUGUGCUGAGACACUUCAAUGUGCGCGUCACCCUUGCCGACCUCUUCAGCCGCUGCCAGGUGUGUAACUGUGAUCAGUACCUGAAGGUCUCCAAGGACGUGAUGAAGCUCCUCCUGCAGCUCAACGGACGCCAGGAGGGUGCCGGCAGCCCAGGUGACGAGGAGGCCGCCCCAAGCAGGGAUGGGCAGGGGACAGGCUUGGCCCCCCAGGACUGCAUCUAUGACCGCCCAUGCCGCUGGCUGGAGACUGCUGACCUGCAGAGCACCACGCCGGCCACACUGGGCAACGGCACGCAGCUGCAGCUGUCUGGGGUGCCAGCUAGUGUGCUGUGGCGCCCAGGACAGUGGCCCUUCUACUGCUGCACGGGCUGUGGCAAGGUCUUCUGGGAAGGAUCCCACCUGAGCCGCCUGACUGCGCAGUUUCAAGAGCUCCUGGGGGACCCCAGCCCGUGACUCUACCUGGUCAGCCCCCUGCAAUAAAGGUGACCUGAAAUCCA